AUGGACUUCUUCAAGCGAAUAUUCUCUCUCAGCGGCCGCCGCAAGAAAGACAAGCGAAAACAGUCGCAUGGCCCGCUCGUGACCGACGCCGAGGGUCGCAUCUUGCGCUCUGAGGACCAAGUGCCCGACACAGAUGCCACCCGUCUUCUGCGCUCUGCGUCGGCGCGCUGGGCAAGCACGGAUGCUGUCCAGUCGCUUGCUCCGCCUUCCGUAAAUCAUCUUUCCGUCCCAGCGUCGCCCGCACAAUCCCUUCAAACCCUUGCAAGCAGUCUUAAGCGCAGUAACACAUACUCCGUGCAAGUUCUUAGUCGCACCCAACACUCGCGCACCGAAUUCCCUAAUGCCAACCCCCGCAUUGACGACCGCAAGCAGCCUUGCACACCACAACAAACUCACGACCAGCAUAUAACUGACAACGCAGGUGAAGCAGCACCUGCAUUGCCUGCCAUGAAGGCCGUAACCUACACACCCCGAGACGAGAAUCGCCUGCGCGCGCUGCGCAGAGAUCCGUCCGUUCUCAGUCUGCUCAACAUGUAUGACAAUCACGGGCGGCUAGAUGAGCACGCUUUCUCGAACAGCCCACCGAACUCAGCGCCCAUUCAGGAGGGUCGCGAGCAGACUAAACGUGGUGGAUCGACCUUGCGCCAGCUUCUAGGGGACGCAGAGAUGCGCGGCGAAGCUACCGAGAGAGACAUCUCUUGGGCAGACCGCUUUCUGCAGCAAGCAGGGUCUGCAGUUUCAUCUACAUCAUCUCUCCCUCUGGUCACUCCUGACAACGCCGACAACGCUUUCAUUCACUGCGAUACCGCUUACAAUGACCGCAGCGCAUCUGCCGAAAACUCUAGUGAGCUCUUGGAUGGCCAUCCUGCGAUAUCAUCGCUGGAAGUGGAGGUCAGCGGUACGAGCGAUGUUCUGGACCCAGAUCAACCCAUUCCUGUCGCCGACAAUCCUGUCACAUCCCCCAAGACACCGCAGCAAGCAAACCACGUUUUUGGCUUCUUGAGCGAACGUCGUCGCUCAGUACGCUCCCAAACAGGGUCCGCGUAUGGGUUCUCGACGAUCACCCUGCCGCAGCUCGAUAGCGCGUCCACUUCAAGUCAACCCUCUCAGCCCACAUCAGACUCGAGCCCGCAAACGCCGUCUUUUGAGGAAUCACAUUGGCAUACCAACAUCUCGCACGCCGAGGUCAAGACUGCUACGGUGAUGAAAUUGUCUACUGCCCCCGCUGCUGUCUGCAGUCAGGCCAUCAUCGGCGCAAAGGCGCCCGUAUCGGCGACUGCACCAAGCGUUGCAGAAGCACCCAUGCACAAGCUGGAGUUUCUCGAGUUCCCCGAACUGCAGCGUGCGACAACGGGUUCGUCGGUGCAUAGCAAUGUCACACGCAGGAGCAGCACUGCGCAACCCUCUCGCAUCCCCCGCGGUCCUCGUCCUCGGCGCUCGAAACAGUCACUUAGCCGUGACCUUCGCCAAUCGCAAACCGAACUGCCUCUCGACCUGCAACGGCAGCUCGAGAAUACGGUCACGGAUACCCAGCUCGGCCGAACGGCAUCGGGACAAAGCCAGCGCCCCGGGAGACCGUACGGGCCCCGCGCGGCGGAGUCCUCCAAGAGUGUUGACACGUUCACUGCUGUUGUGCCGCGCAAGCACCGACGCAGCACCUCGCGUACCUCUCUUGUCAACGAUCAGUACAACGACGUUGAGGAGAUACCUCCGCCUCUACCUCCGAAGUCUGCUGCCUCACGCGCUCAGCGCAGCGCGCAUAGGAAGAAGCCCCCGCGCGCCCCGCGGGAUGACGACAAAGAGAACAGCGACGUAACACCGAACCCGAGUCCUGCACUAGCCCGUUCGAAGAGCGCGGCUAUGCCUGGUGCGAGUGUAUCUGGACCUUCGACGCCGACGCGCACACGUUCGGUGCUUGACGCACGAUACCGCAACGACCUGGCGGAUGUCCCCUCACCUGCCUCUUCAUCGGAGCUAUCACCCAUCGCAAAGGACAUGAUGGACAAUCUUCGCAAGCAGCGCUUGCGACUUCAGAAUGUCGCGCGUAGGUCCGGUAGGGGCCUUCGCUCAGCAUCAUAG